AUGGCGCUCCAGCAGAAAGCAGCCGCCCUUCUGGCGUCAUUUCCCGAAGUUUCAACGUAUCGUUGGUCCAGCAACGACGAUUCAAAGCGCUUUUCUGUAGAAAACCCUGCUACGGGCCAAAAGAUCACCACAAUCCAGGCUGGAAAUGCUGAGACGGCCCACGCGGCUAUUAAGGCGUCACAAGAGGCAUUCACCUCCUGGUCAGCACUGUCCCGACAGCAGCGCUGCGAGUACUUGAUGCGUUCAGCGGACGAGCUCCAGAAACAUCUCCACGAGCUCUCGCUACUUCUAUGCCUGGAGAACGGAAAGCCACUCAAGGAUGCAGUUCUCGAUGUGUUCUUCUUGGUAGGAGUUUUCCGCUACUUCGGGUCUAUCAGCGACAAGCUGCCCUCGGAAUUCUUCGAUCAAGGCAACGUCUACUCGGCCGUGAUCUAUGAGCCUCACGGCGUGUGCGUGGGGAUUUUACCGUUUAAUUGGCCACCUGUCCACGUCGGUGGAAAGUUGGCCCCUUGUCUCGCAGCCGGCAACACCAUGAUCUUGAAACCGGGAGAGCAGGCUCCGCUGACAGCAAUUCGCAUCGUCGAGAUCCUGGAGACAAUUCUUCCCAAGGAUGUGGUCCAGAUAGUGCCGGGCGUCGGCCCCGAAGUCCCGCAAGCCCUUGUCGAGCACCCUCUAGUGAAGAUGGUGUCCCUUACGGGAUCCACUCAGGUCGGGGCGAAAGUGGCCCAGGUCGCCGGAGCGUCACUGACGGCCACGGUGCUCGAGCUGGGUGGGAAGAACGCGUUUGUCGUGUUCGAGGACGCCAAUGUCGACGCCGUGGUGAAGGACGCCAUCGAGGGUGCCUUCUUCAACAAGGGCGAGGCCUGUACAUCCGCCUCGCGAAUCCUGGUUCACAAGAGCAUAUACCAGUCCUUCGUGGACAAGAUGUCGGCCGCGGUGAAGAAGCUGCGCACGGGAGAUGGCAUUGAGGAUACAACCCACGUUGGACCCGUGGUUUCCCGUGAGCGGCAGAAGCAGGUUCUGGAAUCCAUCGAGGCCGCCAAGAAGGAGGGCGCUCGCCUGGCCGCACAGGGAUCCCUGCCGUCUGGAGAGCACGUCUCCAAAGGCUACUUUGUGCCACCGACAUUGUUCGCCGACGUGACGCCCGAGAUGAGGGUUGCAACGGAGGAGCUCUUCGGUCCCGUCGUGUGCGUCAGCUCGUUUGAGACGGAAGACGAGGCCGUUGGUGUCGUCAAUGCCUCUGAUUAUGGCCUCUUCGCUGGCGUGUACUCGACUGAGUUCGGCCGUGCCAUGCGGGUCGCCCGCCGUAUCGAUGCCGGCGUGGUUCUGGUCAACAAUUACUACCGUGGAGUCUUGGGAACACCAUUUGGUGGCAUGAAAGGUUCUGGAUACGGCCGUGAGCAUUGGAUUGGCACAUUGCGCGAGUGGAGCAGGAUCAAAAACAUCAGGUACCCAAGUGGCCUGGGCCCGAUACCUCAAUGGCGCGGAGCUACGGAAACCACGGAGGGCUGA